AUGGCGGCGGAGCUGCAUCCGCGGAGCGGAAAGCUGAUCGGCCUGUCUAACUCCAACCGAACCGCCCGGCGCAACCAGCCAGUCCAGGAGUUUAACCAUGGCCUGGUGCUUAGUAAGGAGCCGCUGAGGGACCGGGAUGUCUUCACCGUCCGUAUUGACAAGAAGGUGAACUCGUGGAGCGGUUCCAUUGAGAUUGGUGUGACGGCACUGGACCCCGGCGCGCUGGACUUCCCCAGCAGCGCCACAGGCCUAAAGGGCGGCUCCUGGAUCGUGUCGGGCUGCUCUGUGUUACGCGACGGCCGCUCUGUCCUGGAGGAGUACGGCCGCGACCUCGACCAGCUCGCCGAGGGCGACCGAGUUGGCAUUCAGCGCAGCUCCCGCGGGGAGCUCCACCUCUGGGUAAACGGGCAGGACUGCGGUGCGGCCGCGAGCGGCUUGCCGCCCAAACUCUGGGCGGUGGUGGACCUGUACGGCAAGUGCACUCAAGUGACGGUGGUGAGCUGUGAGCCACCGCUGCCCUCUACAGAGAAAGAGACAAUAGAGCGGGACGAGGAGGUGGAUGAGGAGGUGGAUGAUGAUGAGGAGGAGGAGGAGGAGGAGGAGGAGGUGGUGGUGUGUGGGGGUCGGGAGGAUGCAGGGAUCACGGCACUGAUGAAUGUGGCAGCAAUGAAUGGAAUGAUGAAUGGAGAUGAAGUGCCUGAGCUUAGCUGCAAUCACAGCAGACCAGACAAGUUCCCCAACAACCUGGAGCCUGACACAGUUCUAACGGAGCACCAGCUCUUUGACGUGUUCAACAACGCAAUAGUAUCUUUUUAUCGCUCUGAGGAUGAGGGCGGAGGGGAAGACGGUGGAGGUGGAGGAGGAGCAGGAGGCGGCGGAGGAGGAGGAAAUUCAGGAUCUGACUCCUCCAGAAAUGACAGGGGGAGCAGCAGUGGAGGAGGUGCCGUUAACAGCGACAGUGGAACAGGGACAACAGGAGGAGGGGGUUCUGGAGAAAGUGGAAAUACUAACAACACUCCUGCUGGUAACGGAGGGGUGGGGCUGGCGGCUGUGACAGGUGUGAUGACCACCAACGACGCGCUGCUCUUCCACGAGAAAUGUGGCACACUGAUCAAACUGAGCAACAACAACAAGACGGCGGAGCGGAGGAGACCGCUGGACGAGUUCAAUAACGGCGUGGUGAUGACCAACCGGCCGCUCCGACACAACGAGAUGUUUGAGAUCCGCAUUGAUAAGCUAGUGGACAAGUGGUCAGGGUCAAUAGAGAUCGGUGUGACCACACACAAUCCCAACAACCUGGACUACCCAGCGACCAUGACCAAUCUGCGCUCAGGUACAAUCAUGAUGAGUGGCUGUGGGAUACUGACCAACGGGAAAGGAACCCGCAGGGAGUACUGUGAAUUCAGCCUGGAUGAACUUCAGGAGGGAGAUCACAUCGGGUUGAUGCGCAAAGCCAGUGGAGCGCUCCAUUUCUACAUCAAUGGCAUCGACCAAGGUGUUGCAGCAGCCCAGACCCCCGCCGUUGUCUACGGAGUGGUCGACCUCUACGGCAUGGCUGUCAAAGUCACCAUAGUCCACAACCACAACCACAGUGACCGCCUCCGACGCAACAACGCCAUCAUGAGGGCUUUAUCGCCCGAUGUGGGCCGGCCCAGGCCAGCCCUUUCUCUAACUCCAGACUCGGAGGGGACAGACCGACUGCUCUUCCACCCCAACUGUGGCCAGAAGGCCGCCAUCAUCAGUGACGGCAGGACGGCGCUGCGGCCACAUGCGACCGACGACUUCAACCACGGCGUGGUCCUGAGCAACCGGCCGCUGCGCUCCAACGAGGUGUUCCAGGUUCGCAUAGACAAGAUGGUGGACAAGUGGGCGGGCUCCAUCGAAAUUGGCGUAACAACGCACAACCCUGCGUACCUGCAGCUGCCCUCCACCAUGACCAACCUGCGAUCAGGCACGUGGAUGAUGACGGGGAAUGGCGUGAUGCACAACGGAACAACAAUCCUGGAUGAGUACGGACACAACCUGGACCGGCUCAAGGCCGGUGACACGGUAGGUGUCGUGCGCAAAGAAGAUGGCAGCCUCCACUUCUUUGUGAACGGCGUGGCUCAGGGCCCGGCAGCCUGGAACGUCCCGCCCAGCGUCUAUGCCGUGGUGGACCUCUACGGCCAGGCUGCUCAGGCCACCAUCAUGGACGACAUGGCCAUCAUGGACGACAUGGGGGACCUCCUGCCUCUCGCAGAGGACAGCUCCGAGUGCCCCACAGCCAUUUCCCCCGGGAGCCCGUGCUCGGUCGGAGGGGCCGGCACGACCAACGACCUGCGUUUCCACCACCUACACGGGACUAAUGCCGUCAUCACCAACGGGGGGCGCACCGCCCUGCGUCAGAACUGCCGCAGCGAGUUCAACGACGCUAUCGUCAUUUCCAACAGGUGCCUUCGAGAUGGAGAGCUGUUUGAAAUCAUUAUUCAGAAGAUGGUGGACCGCUGGUCGGGCUCAAUAGAAGCAGGAGUGACAGCCAUCAGGCCGGAUGAGCUCGAGUUCCCCAACACUAUGACUGAUAUCGACUAUGACACUUGGAUGCUCAGUGGAACGGCCAUCAUGCAGGACGGCAACACUAUGCGCAACAACUACGGUUGUGACCUGGACUCCCUGACAACGGGCUCGCGGAUUGGCAUGAUGCGCUCAGCCACCGGCGACCUCCAUUAUUACAUCAACGGCGUGGAUCAAGGUGUCGCCUGCACCGGUCUGCCGCCAGAGGUGUAUGCUGUGAUCGACCUGUAUGGUCAGUGUGUUCAGGUGUCCAUCACCAGCUCCUCAGGCCCGCUGGACAACAGCCUCUGUACCAGCAACAUCACUGAGAAGAGCUUCCCCAUCCACUCACCAGUAGCAGGCGUUGCCCAUCGGCUCCACAGUAAACACGGUAAGAACGUGGUGCUGCUCGGCGACGGCUGCCAGGGCGUCAGAGUCGGAGGUUACGCUCACGGCAUCGUGUUCAGCGCGAAGGAGCUCAAAGCAGACGAGCUGUUUGAGGUGAGGAUCGAUGAAGUGGAUGAGCAGUGGUGCGGUUCGCUGCACAUCGGUCUGACCACACUGGCACCUCCGGAGCUGCCGUCCUGCCCGCUGUCAGGUCUCUCCCCCUCCCUCCCUCAGCUCCGCACCAAGGUCACCUGGCUGCUCUGCGGCUCCGAGGUCCGUCGCAACGGUGUGCUGCAGCGGCAGAACUACGGCUGCUCACUGGACCGGCUGACGGUCGGGAACCGCGUGGGCGUGAAGAGGUGCAGUGACGACACCAUGCACAUCUUCAUAGAUGGAGAAGACCUGGGACCUGCAGCGACGGCAGUAGCCAAGAAUGUGUACGCCGUUUUGGACCUGUAUGGGCGGAUAACGGCGGUGUCCAUCGUGAGCUCUUCGUUGAUGGAGGACAUGGAAAGCGUGAAGGCGCCGUCGCUCUCCUCAGAAAGCUGCAGCGAAGGAGAGGAGGAGAGCACUCCCGUCAGAGAGGUUGAGACUGAGCCGUGUGCGCUGGUGCCCACAGUCAUGGCGUUCCUGGAAAACCACGGUAAAAACAUCCAGCUGUCCAACCAGAACCUGACAGCAGCCAGAGUAUCCAGCUACAACCAGGGCCUGCUGGUCACCGCCCAGCCGCUGGCUCGCCAGCAGCUGUUCCAGUUUCAAAUCGACCGUCUGAACCCGUCAUGGACGUCGUCGCUGUCGCUAGGGGUGAUAGGUCACUCCCCCGACCGGCUCAACUUCCCCUCCACAGCGUGUUGUCUGAAACGCUCCGCCUGGCUGCUUCAGAGAGAUUCCGUCUUCCACAACUCCCUUAAGAUAUGUGAGAACUAUGGUCCUAAUCUGGACACUUGUCCGGAGGGCACGGUGUUGGGUCUGCUGGUGGACGCCAACAGUUGCCUCCACCUCUACGUCAACGGCAUGGACCAGGGUGUGGCGGCGCAGGACAUUCCUUCGCCCUGCUACACUUUCAUUGACCUCUACGGCCAGUGUGAACAGGUUACUAUAGUAACAAACAACGUGCCAGCUGUCGGUGGAGAAAGUGGUGAGACCCGUUGUCAGGGCGACAUGGAGAAGGCAGACAUGGUUGACGGAAUCAAAGAGAGUGUGUGCUGGACGCCCCCUCCAGAGGUCAACCCCAACAAGACCUGUGAGUACCAGGCGCUGUGCUCGCGCUUCAAAGACCUGCUCACGCUACCAGAUGGCUAUUUUAACGAAGACGCGAAGUACAACCUGUGCUACUGUGAGUCCUGCCACAAGCUCCGGGGCGACGAGGCUUAUUACAAGAGAGGAGAGCCGCCCCGGGACUACGCCCUGCCCUUCGGAUGGUGCCGCUUCGCCCUCAGGAUCAAGCCCCACUGUGAGGUUUCUAAUGCGCUGAAGAAGUGGCACAUCGCGUACCACGGCACCAGUGUAGGAGCCCUGCGGCGCACGCUGGACCACAGCCAGCUACUUCCUGGCACGUCGUCCAUCUUCUCGGUGUCCCCGGUGAAGGCGGAGGGGCCUAAUGGCUACAGUGAGCCGGAGGAGAACAGCGCCCCCGGCAGGGAGGUCCCCAGAGUGCGGCUCUCCCCCACUAUGCGCUACUCGGGCAUGGAGAGCUUUGCCCCCAAAGUGCAAUUUAAGGACCCCCGUUCUCACCGCAGCCACCAUGCUCAGGUGGGAUUCCAGGUGUGCGUUCGUCCAGGCUCCUACAAGGUGGGACCGCAGACGCUCGGCCACAGCGAGCCGCUGGACCCUCGCUUCAGCAACUCGGAGAUCGAGUGGAUCACGAAGGAGCAGGGCGGCACGCUCCUCUACGGACUGCUCAUCCGGGUCGAGUGA